AUGCUGAUAAGCAGCUGUGGAUUUCCAAAACUUUAUAACUCAACACUUUCUUUGUCGUGAAAAAACAGGGAGAUAGAGAAGCUGGAGCAGCAAAAGCUGUUCACCUGAGAUAUUAAGAUGAGCACAGACACGGUGGAGCAGUCGGAGGCUCCAGCUGAGCAGGCAGAGCAAAACGGAAUUGACUUCAGUCGUCAGAUAAAGACAGAGGACAUCAACGACUCACCUCCGUCCACUCUGAAGACAUGCCACCUCACACAGAGCUCACCUGUGCAUGGAAGCCAGCUGAGUGGGGAGCUCACCUCCCUCCACCCCAUGGUUUUGAUGCCACCCUCUCACCUGCCGUCUCCCUCCCCCUUCCUGCUCUCCCAGAGUCCCUCCAGCCAUCAAGCUCUUCUGCAGCCCAACCUGCUGUCCCUCCCUAGCCAGAGUCAAACUAGUCUUCUUCAGCACCAACCUGGACUGGCUCUGACCCCACAGGCUAUGAGUCGCUCAGGCCUGGCAGGACCUUCUAUGGAGAACCACUUGGACAUGUCCCACUUGCAGAUGCCCAAACACAUGUCGGUAGCACCGCAGGAAGAACCCAGUGAUCUAGAGGAACUGGAGCAGUUUGCAAAAGCAUUCAAACAAAGACGCAUCAAACUGGGCUUCACUCAGGGAGAUGUCGGCCUUGCAAUGGGAAAACUGUACGGGAAUGACUUCAGUCAGACUACAAUCUCACGCUUUGAAGCUCUAAAUCUAAGCUUCAAAAACAUGUGCAAGCUCAAACCGCUGCUGGAGAAAUGGCUUAGUGAUGCAGAAAACUCCCCUUCUGACACAAUGAGCACCUCGACCUCUCUGCCACCGCUGAUGGAGGGCUAUGGACGCAAACGGAAGAAGAGGACAAGUAUUGAAACAAACAUCAAGAUGACGUUGGAGAAACGCUUCAUGGAUAAUCCAAAACCUAACUCCGAGGAGAUAACCCUGAUCUCAGAGCAGCUGUCCAUGGAGAAGGAGGUGGUUCGAGUUUGGUUCUGUAAUCGUCGUCAGAAGGAAAAAAGGAUCUACUGCCCUGUGGCUGCUUUACCAGUCAAAUCUCACAGCUACAACUCCCGAAUGGCCUCAGCAUCCAGACCAUAUAGCCCUCUGGCCUCAGGUGCAGUUUCAUCAAAUUCCUCCCCAAACAGCAUAAGCCGUGAACCCUCUCCCAACAGUCUAUCCACAGCCUCAGUUUCUCUAACCACGCAGGUCAACCCAGCUUCCUACGGCACACCCGGGUCCUGGUACCGUGCAUGGAAUGCUGCAUACCAUCACUGAGAAACACAAACUCUAUCAUAUGAAGCUUUUGUAGAUUUUUUGUUUUUGUUUUAAGAAGGAUAAGGACGGGGAGACACCAAACACACUACCCCUGUCCUAAACAGGAUUAUGACUACAGGCCAACCUUCAGAUGGAGACAUACAACAAGAAGCAGUUGUGUAGAAGUCAGUCCAUCACUAAUGAAAGUCCUUCAAACUAGUCAUGUGACUCCGUAUUCUACUGCAAAGAUGAAGGGACGACCAGCACAUAAAAACAAACAUCAAACACUGUUGGGAGGUUGCAUGUUUGAGUUUCGAGUCAAAUCAUUUAUUUAUGUUGAAGGAUUCAUGUGCAAACUCAGGUUGUAUGUUAAAUUGCUCCUUUUUGCCUUUCUUCUCUCUGCAAAGAGAAAAGUUAUCGCUGUGAUACAUUUAACUUUACAUGUCAGUUGCAUUUAUGUAGCACCAGUUAACAAAAAAUGAAUGUAGCACUCAGCAUAACCACAGCUGCCUUUUUAUUUGCUUCUUACAAUUUUACUUAAAUAAAAAUGAAUCAAAAACAUAAUCAGAUAUUCAAACUAGUGAAAGUAUAAGAAAAAUGUAGUCAAAUAAAUGAGGAAAAAGAAACAUACUUGAUAAUAUAAUUAUUGAGGAUGAUGAUUCAAUAUUAUGCAUCUGUGUUAAGCUUGUUGGGGGCGGGGCUUAGUGAAUGAUGUCAUCAGGUGUGAUGGUGCGAGAUUUCUAACCUUAGAAAAACUGUUCUUUAUGCUCAUUAGGCAGGAAAAGUCAAAGACAAUUAAUAAAGAGUUUAAACUUUAACAGCCUACUCAGAUGAUGACAGUAGUUAUCACACACAGCUUACAUCACGUUAUGAAGGCAUCAACAGUUUGGGACAUGUCACUUUCAGGGUACCAGUGCUUCUUCAACUUCACAGUUCUUUAGGAAUGUAAGAAAAGGAUUCCAGAUGCCUUUAAAUUCAGCUGAUUUCUUUUUUAUCGUGUAUGUUAACUUUUCAAGGACAUGGCAUGCUGAUAGUUCUUCCAGCCAGCGUCCAAUCAAAUUACUCUUGACGUCUUUCCAGCAAAGAGAGAUCAAGCGUCUAAGUACUAAACAUAAGUCCGUAAUUUCCUUCUCUUUGCUGCUUGGCUUUCAGUCUUUUAGGUUCAGAUUAAGAAUACAAAGUACAGGACAGUCGGGUACUGGAUUCAAGGUCAUCUGAGAAAUAUAUUUUAUAAAGUCACAGCAGCUCUAGUCUGAGCAGCCCAGAAAUACCAUUGUAAACUGGGUAACUGUAAUCCUCUUCUCUCAUAUGGCAGGUAAAGGAGGGAUAGUCUCAAGCUUGACCUUCUAUUUAUUCCAAAUAAACUUCAUUUUGGGGAAGAAAUGGGGUAAAGGGAUCGAUUGAAAGAGAUAUAAAAACCUUUGGUAAUAUUUUCAUUUUAAUUAUAUUUAUUUUUCACAAAACCGUCUGACAUCAUAAAACUAUUCUGAUCUGGAUUAAUCACAAUUGGAAGAACCAGUUCCAGUCUUCUGGCCAUAACUUUAGCGAUGAUCUUAGCAUCCGUGUUAAGCAGUGAAAUGGGUCUAUACGAUGUGGAUGUAGGGGAUUUAUUAGGUUUCAAAAUUACUGUAAUCAGAGCACUCAGAGAAUCUGGAAGACAACCCUGUUGAAAGGCCUCCUCAUUCAUACCUAAAAGAGGUUCAAUUCAUUUAUUCUUGAAUAUCUUAUAGAUAUCAGCUGGUAGACCAUCAGGGCUUGCAGCUUUACCUCCUCUUAUGUUAGUAAUAGAGUCAGUGAUUUCUGAGGCAUCUAAUUUCUUAUCCAUAUGUGCUUUAACAUUGUCUGGUAUGGAGGGAAUAUAAAGAUCGUCCUGAAAUUCAGAUUGUAUUUCCAAAUUUCCUGAUGAUUCGGAUGCAUAUAAUAUUUUAUAGUAACUGGAGAAGGUGUCAUUAAUUUCCUGAGGGUGUGUUGUUAUUGCUCCACUCUGAGUUUUAACUGCUGUAGUUAAAUUUCUUUAAUCGCCAGGCCAACAAUCUUCCCAGUUUUCCACCUUGAUCAUCGUAGCUGUUUGAUCUGAAUUUAACUGUUUUCUGCGGUGGCAGCAUCAUGAUCUGAGUGGGUCAGGACGGCUCGCUAUCAGUGAUGAAAACAUUAAUUAUGAAUUAUAGCUAGCUAAAGGAAAAAGCAAACAAAUGAGGCUAAAAAAGGAGUCGCUUAAAAACUUAACGCUUUGAAUGACCAAGCCAAAGCCCUGACUUUAAUCCAACAAAAAUGCUGAGAAUGAGCCUAAAGUGAGUAAAAUAUCCCAGAGUUGUGGCUAAAAGUCCAGUAAACUGCAUCCAGAUGUUAUACUGAGUGUUUUUCCUCAACUGUUGCUUAACAAAGCUGAAUUUGUUGAAGUUUUAUAUUACUCAUUAAGUUUUUUGUAUAAACUUUAGAGUUUUGUGAAAAUCUAAUAUUUUCUUUUAAUAUAAAACAUGUCAAGUAUAAUUAAAAUGGUAAAGUAUUUGGUACUUUAGUAAACUAAACCACAUUCCCGAUAGCAUUGUUUGCUUCGUAGAGUAAACCAGCACCUCUUGUAAACUUUUCCUCUUUGUAUUGAUGAAUUCUGAAAAUGCUGAUAACUAGUCAGCUGUGAGAUAUGAACAUCUUAGAAACACUGGUGUGAAGAACACUACCUGCUCUCACGUCUCCACAGCCCUGUGUAAUCCGUGUGUGAAAUGGUUUUAAAAAGCUGAAAAUGUAAUAUUACUAAAUUCUCUGUUCUUCACUGCUGUAAUGUCUGUAAUCUGAAUAAAUUUAAAGUGUUUGUAUGGAUGAUGUCUUAUUAUACCUGAACCGAUCAGGUUAAACCGAAAACCAACAUAAAACCACCCAAAAAUCUUUUCUCUUCUUUUUUUCUAAAACGCUGUAGGGACUAUUUUCAGCUGUGGAUGAAUACAGUCAGUACACUGGUUUAUCCCUACUAGUGCACAGAUUACACAUCUGUUGUUUUCAUGCAGUUUGUUGACUAUUAGAAGAUCCAGAUUAUCAUCAAGCCUUAACUUUGCUCCACAGCCUUCAUGAAUAAUCUCCUGACCAAAGCCGAGGCCGCUGCUGUAGGUCGGCCAUUCAGCCGCACAUCAGAUCUCAAAUCUAUGUCAAACCACGUUUAUGUUACGUUUUUUAAAAACCUGAUUUCUUUUUGUGUGCAAACUGUACAUUUAAUUUUGUUUUAUGAAAAUGUGUUGUGGUAUGAAACUGAUUUAACCCAUGAAAUAAAGCCAAACUCUCAUUUUACUUAUGCUGCAGUCGCAUCAGUAACUGUUUACGUCUUCUUACAGUCAUUAAACACAAGAUGGCUCUGUGUGUGUGUGUGUGUGUGUUGAAUUAAGUGAUCCAAACACACAGUUGUUCCUCACAUUAAAUUUACCUUGUUUCAGUAGUUUUUAAUGUAAUUUGGGCUUAUUAAACAUUUGUAUAUUUCAUCUGUAUUUGUACCAUUUGUUCUCAAAAAAGGGUCUAUAAAAGAAAAAAGACUAGUCAAUACAGCUAGAGAUGAUUAGUGAUUCCAGAGGUCAGAGAUCAGUGAAGAUGAACUUUGGAUGUAAAGACUUACAGACAUGACUGGGUAGUAAAUAAAUGCACUGCACAUAAGUCACCUGGUCCACAAAUA